AGCUUGGGCUUUCCUCCUGAAUGUGGGCAGGCUGUGUACUGGUCAGAUGGGCCAAUGCAACUAUGUUUCUAAGCUGGGGUAGGGAAGAUUUAGUCAGGGUGGAGGCCAGGAGGAAGUUCUUUGCAGACAGUGCUGAGGUGCUGGCACCAAAGGGAAAGCAGCACUUCAGCAUCUGCCACGAGGAGCAGUGCCAGCAGGUUGAGGGAGGCCAUGCUUCCUCUCUGCUGCAAGGCAGCACCGGGUUCUCAAUCUGUGCUGCCUGGAAGGGCUGCCACCCUCUUGCUUGAGGGCCUGCGCCCACACCCACUGUGAGGCAGUGACCGUGAUGUCACAGUGGGUGUCAGGGACUGGCCAUUGUGACGUGAUGCUUGGAGCAGAGCAAAGGCUGCCGGGCGCAGCCUGAGCAUCAGUGCGGUUUGGUGAGGCGUAGAGAGAGCAGUGACUCUUGCAGUGCUCGCUGUUAGCGCACAUCAUGUCUAAUAGGAAGAGGAAGGCAACCAGCUCAGAGGAGCCAGUGUGCAUGCUGUGUGGCCGGGCAGAUGUCGACCCGAACAUCUGUGGGCACAUGAUUCAUCAGAGUGGAAUUCACGUCCAUUGGUUGUGCUUGGAUCUUGCCAGCACCGUUAAUGAAGCAAGAGGGACACGGUCGGGAAGUGAGGGCCGCCUCCCUCUUGCUGCCAUCAGACGUGCAGCCAAAGAGGCAACCAAGAAGCAAUGCUGUGUUUGUGGAGAGAGGGGUGCUACCAUCGCAUGCGCAGAGAGAGGCUGUGAGCGCAGCUUCCACCUGCCCUGUGCCCAGGAUGGGGAAUGCAUCACCCAGUUCUUUGGGCAACGCAGGUCCUUCUGUUCGGAGCACCGUCCUCGCCAGGAAGCUCAGGAAGCUCCACCUGAAGGCACCAACUGCCUCAUGUGCCUGGAGCCUGUGGGGGACACUGUGUCCUACCACACCAUGGUGUGUCCAGCGUGCAGACACACCUGGUUCCACCGGGGCUGCAUCCAGCAACUGGCCAGGAGUGCUGGUGCUUUCUGUUUCCAGUGCCCCGGCUGUCGAAACAUCCUUCUCUUCUUUCAAGAAAUGUCCAUCAUGGGGAUCCAAAUCCCAGUCAGGUUGGUGCCCUUCUGCCCACUUCUGCUGACAUAAAGGCUGUUGUGCUGGGCCUGUCCAGGGGCUGUCUUGGCAGGCCUGGGCCUUGGCUGGAUCAUGAGCGUGUAUCCCACCUUCAUGGAGAGGCUGGGAAUGGAGUUGGGGUGAAUGAGAUGGGAAGACCUUGGAUCUUAUGCUGCGGGCACUGGGGGCUCAUCACUUCCCCUCCCUUCUCUUGUAGAGAGCCAGAAUGGGAGGACAAUGAUGCAUACGCAUCACUUCUAGAGAGGCACAGCCAAUGUAAUGCCAGUGAGUGUCUUUGCCCUGGAGGCAGAGAGCAGGCAGAGAGAAGAGGACCCUGGCAGCUGAUCCUGUGCAGCUCCUGUGCUGCUGAGGGCACCCAUCGAUGUUGCUCCCAUUUGAAUAACACAACAGACACAUGGGAGUGCAACAGCUGUGCUGGCCUGGGAACUGCUUCCUGUGCUGAAGCUGAGAGCGCCAGUCCCAGCACACCUGAGACCGAGCAGGAGACAAGUAGCCCACAUUCGUGUGAGGAUGGGGCUACCUCGGAGCAACUGCGAGGACGUCGUGGGCGCAGACCAAGAGCAGCCCAGAGGGCUGAGAGUGACUCCCUCAUAUCCACCAGGCAGAGGGCAUCAGGGUCUUCCUGGGCAUCUCCAGCAGCUGCCCGCAGAAGACGUCCCAGGCAGAGAGGAAGAAGCCGCACACGAAGCCGCUCCCCACUGCAAGGUCAGACCUCACGUUCCCAGAGCUGGCCAAGAAGACGCCAUGCCAGCAGGCGAAUGCCAGCCUCAGGGGAACGAAGCGGUACUCAAAGAUCUACAAGAUCUGCAACAUUAACAUCCUCAAGGUCUUCCAGAAUGCCUGGACACAGGGGACGGUCCAGGCACUGAGGUUGGGCCCUCACCCUUACUGAGACAUUGGGCCCACAAUUCCCACAGCUCACAACAAAGAAGCAGCAGGAGCUGGGCCCAACAGUGGAGGCCUUCCUGUGAAUGAAGUUGCUCCCAGGAACUUGUCCUAUUUUUGGACAUCAGCUCCAUUAGGACAAGCUCCUUGUCCUAAUACUAUUCACCCUCGCAUACUGUUGUACCCUUCUAACUUCCCCCUCCUUACUCUGGUCCCAAAAUUCCAUCACAAUAAAGAUCAGAGUUCCCACACAAACACAAACAUUUGUUGGCUUCAUCCUUCCCUGCUCUUGCUGAGAUGGGCAGAGGUAGGGACCUUGACAAGAGGCUUUUCUCCUCCCCACUACCAUCCCAGACCUCACUUCCCCUGGCCUAGGCCAGGCUGAGCUGGGUUCAGGCCACAUCCCCGGUGGGGCACACAACCCACAUUCCUCAAGAGCCCAGGCCGCACUGGCAAGGACAGCCCAUUUCUGGGCUUGUUUCCAGCCUUGGG